AUGCUAACAUCAGUAAGUAAACGCCCGACUUUAAGGCUCUCAAACGUGCGCGCCGUUUCAGGUGACUACCACUUCGAGUGCAUCAUGAAGGGCCACCAAGUGAGGAGGGAAGAAAGGAACUAUUUGGAAUUUGAGAACAUGAAGUGUACUUUGGUUGUCGGCGGCGUAUCCGUCCGAUUGGAGAAUCUCUUCGAAUCAAACCCCACUUUGGCGAAGGCGACGAAUGACGUCAUCAACGACAAUGUCCAGGUGCUCUUCGAUGAAAUCAAACCGGGCCUUUUGAAAGCCUUGACGAGGAGGUUUACGGAAAUUGCGAAUAAGAUAACGCUAGCGUUUACGUAUGAAGAAUUGUUUCCGUAG